GUGAACGGAAUCAUUCCCUUGACGAAAUGUGGGUUUUCAGACAAGAUCAUGGGAAUCAUACUUGCUGGUGACAUCACCCAGCUCAAGCCAACGGUGAUCUCUGCAGAAGAGACCCCCGGUUGGAACGAGUUCAGCCAGCAGUUGGAAACCUCUUUGGUCGCCAGGCUGAUUCGCGCUAAUCACCCCAUUCAUCAACUUACUGCGCAGCGACGGUUCCGACCUACCUUCAGCGAGUUCUUGAACAUGCGUGUCUAUCAGCAAUUACUGAAAUCAAGCCUUAUUACAAAGGAGCUCAAGGUCAAAUCCGGCUGGGAUGAUGCAGUACGUUCACUAAUUCCCGAAAUCAGUCAAUCGUUCGACACGGGACAUUUCGUUUUGAGUCUCACGGGCUCUUCCUGUGAUCUCGAGCAGGCAACCAAGUCGAAAUUCAACAUGGUACAUGCACAAGCUGUCAUUACCCUUCUCAUCGAGAACCACCUUAAGAACGGUUAUGAAGGCGAGGACAUGGUGAUCAUCACGCCUUACACUGCACAGAAGAAUCUCUAUCGAACGGCACUUUUCCACCUUCGUGAACAGCUACCCUUGAGCCAUCAACCACAGAUUGAAACGAUCGAUUCCAUUCAGGUCAGAGAAGCUAAGCUUGUGAUCGUGGACUUUGUGAUCUCGCAGGCUGACACGCGAGCCGAUUUGGGAUUUCUGGACGACCAUAGAUGCACCGUUGCGCAUUCUCGCAUGCGAGAAGUGCUAGUUACAGUGGCUCCCAUGCAUCUUGCAGAUAGUCCCUUCGCAAAGACGCCAUUCCCGCGCCAAAAUUCUUCUGGUGAGGUGGUUUCGUCUAAGUCGCCGUACCUAGUCGAAUACGUGUCCUGGGCAUCGAGAAAUAAGAAGGUUAUUGUACUCGACGCUAUGCCAAAAGCUAUUCCGUUCUCAAUGUUCCAUGAUUUCGGUCAAACGUCCAUUUUUGCAGACAACACCGCUGAGGCAGAUAACAACGGCGAAAUAAAUUGGGAUGACUACAAUGCGUCGAAUCCUGGGACGAAUGAGAUUGUCGAAUGGGAGGACGACUUUGAUUCCAAAAUCCCUAAGCCGGAAGGUUUCGAUGAAGGGAGUGAUGCGGAUGGAGCUGACGACUACCUCGGUUUAGGCUUGGGUGGCCCUUGGUAA